AGAUCGGUGUAAAAUAAAGAUUGACACAGAAUCAGUUCAUCUUGUCUCAUCAUCUUGGUGUACAAUCAUGCUGGGCGAUUGUAUUCUGAUAGUUUUCAUAUCUAUUUGUACUGCUUUAAUAGGAGAAGGGUUGACAUGGCUACUAGUCUAUCGGACAGAAAAAUAUCAGAAGCUGAAAGCUGAAGUUGAAAAGCAAAGCAAAAAGUUGGAGAGGCAGAAGGAGGCUGGGUCAGAGGGCACCGACCGAAAUGCUAAGAAGAAGCUCGAGAGACAAGAAGAAAAACUAAAGAAUCAUAGCAGAGACCUUCUAUGGUUGGUUCUGAAUUCAGAUUCUUUUGUCAAGAUGAAGUCUAUGUUUGCCAUUGGCUUUGCAUUCACGGCCCUCCUGAGUAUGUUCAACACAAUAUUUGAUGGCCGUGUGGUGGCCACUUUGCCUUUUACUCCCAUUUCCCUGAUCCAAGGUAUUUCACAUCGCAACCUGCCAGGCGAGGACUAUACCCACUGUUCUUUCAUCUUCCUUUACAUUCUCUGUACUAUGUCCAUCAGACAGAAUAUUCAGAAAAUGUUGGGUUUGGCACCAUCAAGGGCAGCAAGCAAGCAAGGUGCUGGGUUCUUCACCCCUCCCUCACAGCUCACCAAGUAGCAGUAUGCCAUUCGACAUGCAACACUCUGUCUGUGCAGAAUAUCUUCAUGGAUGCCCAGUCAUGAUCCACACACUGCCUUUCUUGAUAGGGCAACAUUUCCGUCAUCUCUUGGCACUACUGACAAAAUGUGGUUUACUUAGAAACAUAUUCUCUGAGUGAAAGUAAAUACUGUCUUGAUAGUUUUUUUGUUCUUGGGUGUAAUUGCUUGUAUGCUUCAAGGUUCUUAAGGCCCAUAUUGUGCCUUAUUGUGGUUAGAUUUUUCCAAGAAUGGCUUUACAAGCCCUUAAAUUUGCAUCUCAUGUUUACAAAAUAUCACUUCAAGUCCAUUUUUAGUUAUUACACAUUUGUUUAUAUUAAAACUCAUUUUAAUA